AUAAGGACAUGCCUAGCUGCUUUCACUUCAACCAUAACAAGUUACCUUCCCUUCUGUCUUCUAGCUCAGCUAGCUAGCUAGCUAUCUAGCCAGAAAAUGGACAUUUUUCUUCUUUCCUUUUCUCUAAUCCUCCCAAUAUUCUUUGCCAUCUUCAUCUUUCAUGCAUUGAAGCCAAAAUCCAAUGGGAAACCCGAAAAACUUCCUCCGGGAAGUUUCGGCUUCCCGAUCGUCGGCGAAGCCAUUUCCUUCCUGUAUCAAAACCAUGACAAAUUUAUAUCCCAUAGAAUGGAAAAGCACUCAUCAAAAAUCUUCAAAACCAAUUUACUAGGAGACCCUGUUGUUGUUCUCUGUGGAACUGCAGGGCACAAAUUCAUCGCUUCCAAUGAGCUUCAGAUUUUCCAAUCAUGGCGUCCACAAUCCAUGCAGAAACUCUUCCGCUCCUCAAUCCAACCGCCAUCCUCUUCUUCUUCUUCUUCUUCUUCUUCUUCUUCUUCAACCUCGAUAACCCGCGAAACCGAGAAGCAGAUAACUCGAGCUCCGGGUUUUAUGAGAACUGAUGCUCUGGUUCACUACGUAGGAAUAAUGGAUGGUGCAGUUCAAGAACAUUUGAAGAACCAUUGGGUUGGUAAAGAAAUAGUUAACGUCCAUCGUCAAGCACAGUUGUUGUUUUUAACUCUGGCAGGUAGAUUUUUCAUGGGACUCGAAGAUUCAGCUCGGAUCGAAAAGCUUUCGAAUUUGAUGCAUAAUAUUAUGCUCUCACUUGAUGUUCUUCCUCUGAAUGUUCCUGGAACUAGUUUCUAUAACGGAAUGAAAGCCGCGAAAGAGGUGAGACAGGAGAUUCAGUUGUUGAUAAAGGAGAAGAAAACCGCCAUGGAUAAUGGAGCUCAGAUGCAGGACAUUUUGUCUUUCAUGAUUAGCAGACCGGAUCCAAGCACUGGGAAACCAUUGUUAGAUGCGGAUGUUGCUGAUAAAGUCAUGGGUUUGCUAUCUGGUGCUUUUAACUCUCCCUCCAUUAGUAUCUCUUUCAUCAUGAAGUUUCUUGGAGAAAGACCUGAGAUUUAUGAGAAAGUUCGAUAUGAGCAAUUAGAAAUUGCAAGCUCCAAACAAGUUGGUGAGGCACUUACUUGGGAAGAUGUACAGAAGAUGAAGUAUUCAUGGAACGUAGCACUUGAAGUAAUGAGGUUAAGACCACCAAUUCGAGGUUUCUUUAGAGAAUCCUUAACAGACUUCGAGUAUGAAGGUUAUACAAUUCCUAAAGGAUGGAAGGUUUAUUGGACGGUUUGCUCCACAAAAAAGGACCCAGAGUGUUUUCCAGAACCAGAGAAGUUUGAUCCAACAAGGUACGAGAUAGAAGGUCCUCCACCAUACACCAAUGUCCCAUUUGGUAGUGGUCCUAGAACUUGUCCAGGAAAAGACUAUGCUCGUCUCCAAAUUCUCACUUUUCUCCAUCAUGUUGUCAAAAGGUUCAGUUGGGAAGUGAUGAAUUCUGACUGCAAGGUUUUGGGAGGUACUAAUCCGGUGCCGUAUGAAGGUGUUCACGUACGCCUCCAUAGCUCUUCCGUGUAGUGCCCAUUUAAUAGGACACUACAAAAUUUUAGGAUAUGUUUGGUUUAUGGAAUAAAUAGUGAAAUAGAAUAAGGAUUUUUAAAAUUUUAAUUCUUUUUUUAUUUGGUUGAAUUUUUAAAAUUUGCAUUAUCUAUUCCUAUAGAAUCUUAAUUCCUUAAAAUAAGGAAUUAUUAUUUCUUCUAAAAGGUUCAGAAUAUGUAUUUUCUAAAAUAAAAUAAUACAAAACACGCUAUUUUAUGUUC